AUGUCAACUUCAAAAGUAUGGCUCAUCACUGGCGCGACCAGUGGUAUUGGCCUUGAGCUUGCAAAAGCUGCUAUGGCAGCGGGCCAUAAAGUGAUUGCGACUUAUCGGGAUGCAUCAAAGACUCCAGAUACAAUUGUGGAGCUUGAGAAGCUGGGAACUACUUGGGUGCAACUAGACGUCGGUGCUACGGACGUCGAGACGAAGAUUCAGGACACCGUGGUCAAGUUUGGGCAUAUUGAUGUUCUGGUUAACAAUGCAGGUUACGCUUUAUCGGGCAGCAUUGAGGACAUAAGCGUCGAGCACGCCAAGGAGCUCUUCGCUGUUAACCUCUUCGGUCCCCUGCGCACUGUGCAAGCCCUCCUUCCAUCCAUGCGAGCGCGGCAGUCCGGCACAAUAGUGAACGUCGGCAGCUCGAACGGAAUCAGAGCUUCCCCCGGCCUGGGCCUGUACAGUGCAAGCAAGUUCGCUCUAGAAGGCCUGACGGAGGGGCUGCAGGCGGAGCUUUCUUCCUUUGGAAUACGCGUCCUGCUCGUUGAGCCCGGGAUGGUGGCCACGCGAAUUGCAGACCCGAACGGCGCCGGUGUAAUCAUACCCUCGAGCGACACGUACAAGGGCACGGCGGCAGACUUGACGAUGCAGGGCAUCCUACAGGCAUACGCUGCGGGUAGGGGCGCAAGUGCCGAGAAGACGGCGCUGCGCAUUGUGGAGGCUGUGGAUGGCACUGGUUUGCUGGAGGGCAAAGAGGUUGCGCUGAGACUUCCCUUGGGUUCUGAUGCGGUCGGAUAUGUAGAGGCCAAGGGAAGAGAGUACCUCACUUUGGCCGAGGAGCUGAAGGCCGUUUCGGGGAGUAUUUGA